GAGAGAGAGAGAGAGAGAGAGAGAGAAAUAAAUACGUUGCUGUCGGGUGAGGACGAAGAGCUCCUCCUUCGCUCAGACUCUUAGUUUUCUAUAAACAUUCUCGUGUCGGGCUUUUGAACUGUUAUUAUCUGGACCGUGUCGCAGUCCUCCUAAACUGCAGACUUCAGACACUGAGGGGGGGUUGCUGUCUGGCAGUAUGCUGUCCUCUGAGGGUGCAGCGGCAGCAGGUGAACCUAGGCUCCAUCGUCUCUAUGCCUGGUUUGACCCUGAAAGUGCUGCGGUGGUGACCAUCCUGUUGGGGCUGUUCCAGGUGCUGUUGUCUGUCCCACUGGUUUACGCCGACCUGACUCUGCCAAAACUCUUCAUACUGCCGCUGGUCUUAGGGAUUAUGAUUGUGGCGGCAGGAUCCUUAACCAUUGCCAACGAGAGAAACUCCAGCAGACUCUUGCUCUGUGGUUGUGCAUGCAGUAAUGUGGUUGGCCUACUGGGGGCGCUGUUUGCCUUCUGCAUCUACUGCUACAGCCUGAGCAUUGCCCCCACCAGGGAGAAAUGUCCUACCCCUGACUAUGAAUACAAAGGCAUAUACUACGGCUGUCCACAGAACCUCCUGGCGUCCUACUGCUGGAGUCACAUUGUGCUGUUGCUGCUGUACGAUACUGCAGCCGCUCUGCUGCACGGCCUGCUGUCCAUGAACGCCUUCAGAACACUGAAAAGAGACUGACACACACACACCCACACACCCCCACACACACACACACACACACACACACACACACACACACACACACACACACACACACACACACACACACACACACACACACACACACACACACACAAUAACAACAAUCAUACACACAGCUCCUCUCAGGUGUGUGUGUUUCUCAGGCUCAGUAGGUGCCAUUUAUUGACUUAUUAACAAUUGAACAUAUUUCAUUUAUAUUUGCGUAGAACACAGCUCAAAAUGGGUUUGGUUAACCUCUUCAAUGCAAAAACUAUAAAUACGUGACAAAAAUGUUUCACUGUAAGUAUGUAAAUAUUCAAACAUAUCUUCCCUCAAACUUGUGCUUAAUGAAUCUUUUCAUUUUUAGUGUUUAUUUCACCUAACAAUGUCAUCAUCAGGUAAUCUGUCCUUAAACUUAUUGGCAGUCUGAUGGUUCCCCUAAAACGGUUUAUUUUCUAUUUACAUUGUUUUUUUUAGACUUUCUAACAUAUAUUGUUUGUUUUACAGUGUUGUAAGAAAUCAAAGGUGAGGCACUAUCAGCAUCAUCUUUAGGAUAUGAUUUUUUGACAACUCUAACAUCACUGUAGAUCAACUGUUGUCACAAUUCUGUCAUACUAAUCAAGUAGCCUGCCCAGUCAGUGUGAACUUCCUAAGAGUUCCUCUAGUGAACACAUGGACUGCAGUCCUGUUGUCGGUCCAGGGGACACAGCUCUACAGUCCCUGUUAUUUGUAGGGAGACUGGAUGAUUCUUCUAAAUGUUUGUAUAGCAUCAAUAAAGUUUUUUCUUGUAUUGA